AUGAUGACCCGCUUUAGAACCUGCUGCUUGCUGAUGGUUUGUGCUUGGCAGUUGUUGUUGUUAAUCAUGAUGAUCAUUGCUCAUCCUAAUGAUCUCGUACUCGCCAGUCACACCAACAACAAGUAUACCACUACUGCUACCACUACUGCUACCAACAAGUAUACCACCACCACAAGUAUUGAUUAUCAUCAAGUGCUUGAUGAUUACAUGAAACAACCCACUCCUUCCUAUUCCUAUCAAUUUCUAUAUCAAUACACCAAUUCCUACGCUACUGUUCAUGUACUCAACAUGACCAGUGUCUUGUGGUUAACAAGUCAAGAGAUUGGAGUGAGACAUGAAUGGUUUCAUUACAUUGAAAUUGCAAUUCCAUUUUCAUUAGAUAAAAACAAGAAAGAAUCCUUGUUAAUGAUUACGGGUGGAUCACAACAAUCUUCACCACCACGAGGAGAUUCUGAACUUUCAAUCAUGUCAUUUAUGACUCAAUCUGUGUGUUCUGCAAUUCAUCAAAUUCCAAAUCAACCCAUUGUUUUUGAAUCAGAUCCAUUGAAAAGAUCACGUGUCGAAGAUGCUAUUCUUGCAUUUGCUUGGGCACAUUUUUUAAAUCAUACCGACGAGACCAAUUGGAUUCCACGUUUACCCAUGGUCAAAUCUUCUCUCCUUGCCAUGGAUACUAUUCAAGAAUAUCUCUUUAAAAACAUUGGUGUGAAAAUUGAACAAUUUACCAUUGCUGAUUUGAAACGAGUCAAAUCCAUCAUUCCAAUUGUCAUUCCUGUUGUCAAGACAAGACAAGUAUUGGAACAUACUUACAAUUCCAUUUGUGGAUGGCCUGAAGCAAUGAAUGAUUAUGUUCGUGAAGGUAUUACCACACAAUUGAAUUCAGAUGGAUUUAAGAAAUUGACAGAGGUCAUUGAUCCAUUUGAAUACAAUUCAAGACUUUCCAAAACACAUAAAUUUAUGGUCAAUGCUGUGGGGGAUCAAUUCUUUUGGCCAGAUUUAUCUCAAUUUAGUUACAAUGAAUUGGAUGGUGGUGAUGAAUAUAGACAUUUGAGAUAUGUUCCCAAUGCAGAUCACUCUCUUGCUGGUACUGAUGCAUUCAUUACCAUUGCUGCUUAUUACUAUGGUGUGUUGAAUCGAAUUGAAAUGCCCAUUUAUAAUUUCACAGCUCGCUACGAUGAAUAUGGAAUGCAAUUGAAUUUGAAUAUUCGAAAUGGAAAGAAACCAACCAGUGUCUUGCUAUGGCAAGCAUUCAACCCAAAAGCAAGAGAUUUUAGAGUUCAAACCAUUGGAAAUUCUGCAUGGAGAUCGACACCACUUGAAAUUGUAAAUUCAGAUUUAUCAUGGCGUGUCUACAUGAAGAAUCCUCUCAAUGGUGAUGGAUACAGUGCAUUCAUGAUUGAAAUGACCUUUGAUAAUUAUUUCAAGUUGCCCGUUCCAGCUCCUCUCAAAUUCACAACAAGUACCUAUGUAUUGCCACAAACAUUACCAUGCAACUAUUAA